AUGCAAUACUGGCCGUUCCCGCCCAACCCUGCAGAGUUCAACAACUUCCCCGGCGCACAGGCCAUCAACGUCGCCAACUACCAGCAGCAGCCGUGCUACAGCCCGAUGCAGUUCGUCGCCGCCGGCGGGGAGCCACAGGACCAGCAACAAGCCGACGGCCGGAGCGAGGGCGCCGACGGCCAGACCCAGGGCCUGGAGGACGACUACGACGGCGAGGCCCUGACGGACUCCAGCUCCGAAGAGUAG